AUGGCGUGCUCCCAGCCCAUCAGCGACUACAGUGACUCAGAAAACGACACCUCAGAAUCCAAGUCCAACGUGAGCCUCUCUACAGGGUACUUCCCUUGUGAGGACGACUGCUACUCAGAGAGCACCGCCUGCACGGACACAUCUUCCGUGGGUUCCUCCGUGCACUUGCUGCCUCCUAUCCAGGGAACGUGGCAGACGGAAAGCACCAGGAGACGAAUGCUGAGACGAGACCAAGUUCCCGACAACCCUGAGCAGUUCUGCAAGCUGAGCAUUGCUACAGCCUGGGACAUGGAUGUGGACUCCGACCCUGAAGACACAACAGACUGGGUUCUAAGUGGUGAGCAGCAGUGGACAGACCAGUGUCCGGUAGAGAGUACAAAACGGACUCUCAGCAAACUGGGGAAUCUCAUGCAAAAGCUGGAGACACUCCUGGAAAAUAGGAAAGAUGAUGAAGAUAAGGACUCGGUGUUCCCCGCGGCUACUGAGGAGGAAGAUUCCCAGGGGUCCAGCACCUCCCCACACCUGGCUCGGGUCAGUCCACAGGAACACAACUCCAGCCAAGACUGGGCCAGGCUCAAAGGCUCAGAAGCGAAAGAUGCCACUCGAUCCCCAGAGAACUCUCUAAGGCUUAGUGAAGAUGAACUUGCUCAGCAGAGGGCAGCCCAGGUGACCUGCAGCAGAAGGACAAGCAUCUCACUGGAACAGCCAGAGACGGAGGGCACGCCCCGCGGUGCUCACACCUUCUUCUGCCUGCACUUUGGGAGGAUCUUCCACUGGCUGAGGCAGCAGCUCUUUUCUCCUCUGCUGAGGCGAGACCGGCCCGCCAAGGUCGCCGGGAGCCCCCAGCAGAAGGCGCCGAGGAAAAGUCUCUGCUGUAGAAGCAAGCGAAUCCAACCUCAAGACUUCCUCGAAGAAGGCUCCUGUGCAUCUCUCAACGUUCUGUCAGCUCCUGUUGUACAAGCUCCAUAG